UGCGACCGCUCGUCGGCGCCUAAUCGCUCACGUAUCGGUCCAGUCGUCAGUGUCGCGCCUAUUUACCCCGCAGUGCUCAGUACGCAUAGGUCCACUGCGGCCGUAUUUAUUCUGCUCUCUAUCUGAUACUCUGCUCGUCGACUUGCUGCAUACUGCUAUGAGCCGCACUAACUUUGCUACUUCCUUUGCCCCCUAUCAACCGCCUCCGGACGACCCGUCCUAUGCAUCCUCGUCUAGACAAGCGUCUCGGCCAUGGCUUCCCAGCAUCUCUGCCAACAAUCCAUGUCGUACCAGUCCGGCGGUGUGCCAUCAUUCAACACAUCUCAAGCAGGCGGAGAGGACGUAGAGGCGGAAGCGGCGAGCAGCAUAUGGGAGACACGAUUCGGCAUGAGAGUCGAUAUGCUUGCGGCGUUCUCCUAUCUGCUCGGACCUAUAUCAGCACUACUUGUGCUCAUACUCGAGACGCACAAUGACUACGUGCGAUUCCACGCAUACCAGUCGGCCUUGCUCACGGGACCUCUACUCUUGCUGCGGAUAAUCGCCGCGUUGCUUCAAUUGCCCUCUAUACUGUGUACGUUCCUUACACUUCUGCUCGUAGUGUCUUGCCUUUACAUGAUUUGGCGGGCGUACAUCGAUGCUGCCCGGAACGGGCUUGUACGCUUCCAAAUACCACGGAUCGGACCACUGGCUGACCAAUGGGUAGCCGAAGAAUAGACAAGCCAGCCUACGUAGACGUUCAGCUCCGUGUUCGCGCAGAGUGCUGGAUCAAUCAAUAUUAUACGAAUAUGGACCCGAGGCAUUGCUGCUCAGCUACGUUCUGCAAUAUUGUUGGCC